AUGUCUGAGAUUGUAAGCGAAGCUUGGAAGAAGUAUUUGGUAGAACUGCAGGUUCAUCCCUUGAGAACCAAGGCAAUCACUGCUGGAGUCUUGAUUGGGACUAGUGAUGUAGUUGCUCAGAAGAUUUCUGGGGUGAAAAAGCUUCAAUUGAGAAGAAUACUUCUUUUGAUGCUAUAUGGCUUUGCAUAUUCUGGACCAUUUGGGCACUUUUUGCACAAAUUGAUGGAUCUCAUAUUCAGAGGAAAGAAGGGCAAUAAAACUGUUGCUAAAAAGGUUCUGUUGGAACAAUUGACUUCCUCUCCUUGGAACAACUUCUUGUUCAUGAUGUACUAUGGAUUGGUAGUUGAAGGAAGACCAUGGGGUCUAGUCAGAAAUAAAAUCAGGAAUGACUUCCCCUCGGUACAGUUGACUGCAUGGAAGUUUUGGCCAAUAGUCGGAUGGAUCAACUACCAGUAUAUGCCUUUGCAGUUUCGUGUUUUGUUCCACAGCUUUAUGGCCUCGUUGUGGGCCAUCUUUCUGAAUCUGAAAGCAAGAUCUGUCGUUACAAAAAAGGCUUAA